GGUGUCACUGGAUAUUUUUUAUCGACUUUACCAACAGGGUCGUUUGUGCCAGCUGGGGAGUGAGUUCUGUGAGCUAGAAGUUUUUGCCAAGGUGCUAAGAGCUUUAGAUAAAAGACAUCUGCUUCACCACUGUUUCCAGGCUUUGAUGGACCAUGGAGUCAAAGUGGCUUCUGUCCUGGCCUACUCCUUCAGCAGAAGGUGCUCCUACAUUGCCGAGUCAGAUGCUGCUGUGAAGGAAAAAGCAAUCCAGAUUGGGUUUGUUUUAGGGGGGUUCCUGUCAGAUGCAGGCUGGUACAGCGAUGCUGAGAAGGUGUUUCUGUCCUGCCUUCAGCUCUGCACCCUUCACGAUGAAAUCCUGCACUGGUUCCGUGCCGUGGAGUGCUGUGUGAGGUUGCUGCACGUCCGGAAUGGGAACUGCAAAUACCACCUGGGAGAGGAGACGUUCAAACUGGCCCAGUCCUACAUGGACAAACUGGCCAAGCACGGGCAGCAGGCCAACAAGGCCGCGCUCUACGGGGAGCUCUGCGCGCUGCUCUUUGCCAAGAGCCACUACGAUGAGGCCUACAAGUGGUGCAUAGAGGCCAUGAAGGAGAUCACGGUGGGUCUGCCCGUCAAGGUCGUCGUGGAUGUGCUACGACAAGCUUCAAAGGCUUGUGUGGUGAAACGGGAGUUCAAGAAGGCUGAGCAGCUGAUCAAGCACGCCGUGUACCUCGCCAGGGAGCAUUUUGGAGCCAAGCACCCCAAAUACUCUGAUACCCUCCUAGACUAUGGGUUUUACCUGCUCAACGUAGACAAUAUCUGCCAGUCCGUUGCCAUCUAUCAGACAGCACUGGAUAUCCGGCAGUCAGUGUUUGGAGGUAAAAACAUCCAUGUAGCCACAGCUCAUGAAGACUUGGCUUAUUCUUCAUAUGUUCACCAGUACAGCUCUGGGAAGUUUGACAAUGCACUAUUCCAUGCUGAACGUGCUAUUGGCAUUAUCACUCACAUUCUCCCAGAAGAUCAUCUCCUCUUGGCCUCUUCAAAGAGAGUGAAAGCACUUAUCCUGGAGGAGAUUGCCAUAGACUGUCACAACAAGGAGACGGAGCAGAGGUUACUCCAGGAGGCUCAUGACUUGCACCUGUCCUCACUGCAGUUAGCUAAAAAAGCCUUUGGGGAGUUCAAUGUACAAACAGCCAAACACUAUGGCAACCUGGGCAGACUGUAUCAGUCCAUGAGGAAGUUCAAGGAAGCAGAGGAAAUGCACAUCAAGGCAAUUCAGAUCAAGGAGCAGCUUCUAGGUCAAGAGGAUUAUGAGGUUGCCCUCUCAGUGGGCCACCUAGCCUCCCUCUACAACUAUGACAUGAACCAGUAUGAAAAUGCUGAGAAGCUUUACCUGAGAUCCAUAGCAAUUGGAAAGAAACUUUUUGGUGAAGGUUACAGUGGACUUGAAUAUGAUUACAGAGGUCUCAUUAAACUGUACAAUUCCAUUGGCAAUUACGAGAAGGUGUUUGAAUACCACAACAUUUUGGCCAACUGGAACCGGUUGCGGGAUCGGCAGUUCUCCGUGACGGAUGCGCUGGAGGACGUGAGCACCAGCCCUCAAUCCACUGAAGAAGUGGUCCAGUCUUUUCUGAUGUCUCAGAAUCUCGACGGACAGAGCAGCUAAGAACUCGGUCAAUUAACCAGUUAAGGUUUUUUCUCCCAGGUUACAGGGGGAAAAGUCAUACUGUGAAAUCUAAACCAUGUAGUUCUCUGGGGGCUGGAAUUUGCGUUGAAACACUGGUCCAGUCUACUGAAGAGUGCCCAUACGGAUGAAUGUGUGUUCAAUUCCUCUCAGCAUGUGUAUGGCAUGUUUAGUUCGGCUCACAUUUUUAACUUGGUAUUCCCAAAAAAAAACAAACAAAAAAACCAACCAACCCCUUCUUUCUCUCUUCUUUCAAAAGAAGCUACUUUGCAGAAAAGUCUGCAAGAAAAACAUUCAAUAAAACUGUUUGAGCUCAAAA